CUGUGAUGUGUACGAAAUGUGUGGUGUCCGCCAGCAUGUACGAGAGUGGCAGCAGCUGACGGACGUCAACACAACAAGAAGCCGUGUAUAUCGCUACCCUCAUUUUUGGUAUUAUAACCUUGAAGGAACGGUUAUCUUUGAUUAAAAGUUCAGCACACGAAGACAAUGAUGACUCGGUGCCUCUUGCGAGUAGUAGGCAGUGGUGUCUAUCGACGCCUGGCACAUGCUCGAACUCUGGCCACUGUUACAGGGGAUGAUAUGAUCUGGGAAAAUGCAUACCAGCGUGAGGUUCCCAGAACAAUGGAGGAGAUGGGGUGUAUGCUGCAGAAGGAAGUUGACUCUCCUCCAGAUGCUCGACUUCUGAAGGUGGCUGUUGUGGGUGUACCAAACUGUGGCAAAAGUACCCUCAUCAACAAACUCAUGGGUUGGAGAGUGUGCAGUGUGUCGUCCAAGGUGCAUACAACUGAGCUGCGUGCCCGAGCUGUUUACAAUACACUCUCCACACAGCUGGUCUUCCUCGAUACUCCAGGACUGGUUUCGCGCGAGGAGAUUACAAAGCAUGGAUUGAAGCGUUCUAUGUUGACAGAAGCCGAGUUAUCACUUCAAGAAGCCGAUAUAAUAACAGUGGUUCAUGAUGUGUCCAACCAUUUUACACGGCAUGACAUUCACCCCACGGUGUUGAGACUUUUGGUCCUUCACCCAACUAUACCUAGCAUUCUGGUGCUCAACAAGGUUGAUAAAUCCAAGAGCAAGAAGAAUCUACUGGAUAUUACCCGUUUACUAACUGAAGGUAUUGUUGGUGGUCAAAAAUCUCAUAUUGAAACAAAAAAAAUUAUUUCAUUGGAUAAAGAAAAGCUUAUACAAAAAGCAGUUGAGAACAGUUCAAAGCCCAGAGAUCAAGAAGACUGUUUAAGCUCUAAUUCAGAUUCUGUAAAUAAUGGCAAUGAUUUUAAAAUAAAUACCAGAGGAGAAAAAAAGGAUCUUCCAAAGUCUGAAGACAAGUCGUUAUGUGGACUUGUCGAUGUUUCAUUUAAUACCAGCCACUACAAUGAAAGGGAUGUCCUAGAGGGAAAAGUACGUCUAACUGAGCAAACAGUUAGUGCAUUUAUUCAAAAUCGUAAAUCUUGGCCUAAGUUUGAGCAAGUUUUUAUGAUUUCUGCUCUAGAUGGAACAGGUGUUGAUGACCUUCGAGACUUUUUCUACUCCAGAGCCUACAGCAAUUCUUGGAUUUUUAGUUCCCAGGUUGUGACAGACCAGAACCCACAAGAGAUUGUGUUAUCAACAGUGCGAGAAAAGUUUUUGGAUACCUUCAGAAAUGAGAUUCCUUACACACUACAUUUUGGAGUUGAGUACUGGGAUCUCUCAGAUUCUGAAGUACUCAACAUUGUGAUACGGGUCUCAUGCCGAAGACGAGGAUUAGCCAGACUUUUGGUGGGAAAUAGUGGCAGUAAUGUGUCUCGGAUUGCAAAGGCAGCAGAGCAAGCAUUGAGGAAUACAUUUAGAACUGAAGUUAGACUUCGGUUGAAUAUUGUCCAUGAUUCCAAAAUGAUACAUUAUAAGAAGUAAUGAUGUAUCUUGUGAUUCGCUUCUGCACUAAUAUCUUUAUAUGAUGACUUGAUUGUUGUGUAACCUACAGCACUGUUAUUUGAUAAGUGUACAAGAAAUAUAUAUAUUAUUGCAAAGUUUCACCUUUUAGUUUUUAUUCAUAAAUUACAGUUUUGUCAUGUGAUUUUAAUUUUUCUUAGGUCUACGAUUUUAAUUUUGCCAUUCAGUUUCUAUAAUUGAGCAGAGUGGCAAUGAAACUUUUCUGCUAACUUUCUUUUUCUCGUUUAGCAUUGUACUGUAUAUUCAAAACUGUGUGGUAGUGUGUGCGAGAUGUGACGUGUUUAUCCACGCUCUGCGAAAACCUUAAAUAUUCAAAGAUAUUAUAGGAUUACCGUGCUGAAACACGGAUCAGAGAUCUCACGAAGUGUAUGAUGAUAUUUAGGAAAGUAAAAUACAGUGAAUGAGAUUAAAAAAUUUUGUUGAAUAGAGAAUAACUGCUUUCACCGGACCACCUGGGAACAUAAGUAUUGUCAGUGUAUUUGGACUAUAGCGAACAGUGGUACAGUGUACAAUGAAGUGUAACAUGUAAAGGAACAGAUAUGAAAAUUUGAAAGUGCAGAAAAUCUUGCUUUUGGGAAACUGGAGGUGUGAAAUACAGUGCCCUAGGGAGGGCAACACGGACCUAGAAUUUAUUUACAGUGGCCAUGAGGCCUGAACAGUGUAGAGAGACUUCACUCAGUUAAGUGAAUAUAGCAUGUAAUACAGGGAUGGGAAUUAUAAAUUAUUAAUAAUGUGAAUUACAUAAUAUUGCAAGCUGAAAAUUAAGCAGAAAAUUUCUUUAGAGUAAUAGACACAGACAGUAGGUCAAUAAUGGUAUAAAAUCAAGGUGUAAUAGAACCCAUGAGCAC